AGCAACCUAGCAUCUCAGGAUCUGAACCACACCUACAAUGCGUCCUGUAUCUUUAAGCGGAGAUCACAUACAAAUACAAGCGUUCCUUGAUCGAUAUGAUACAUUUCUUCUCGAUUGUGACGGUGUCAUAUGGUCAGGCGAGGAGCUACUCCCGGGUGCUGCGGAGGCGAUCAACUCUUUACGCAAGCAAGGUAAAACGGUCAUCUUCAUUACCAACAACUCGACCGAGUCGCGUGCAAGUUUCUGCCGACGAUUUGAAAAGUUCGGAAUACCCGUCCACAUAGACGACGUCUUUACCUCGGCGUAUAUUACCGCCAGCUAUCUCUCCCAAGAUCAGCGACUUGCCCCUCCGCGCGAUGAAGUCUUUAUUCUCGGAAGUGAGGGCAUUGAGAACGAACUCAGCGCUGCGGACAUCAAGCACCUUGGGGGAACCGACCCAGCAUUCCAGCGCGACAUAACCCUCGAAGACUUCAAGGACCUUGCUGCUACUUCCACAUUAUCGAGCAGCGUUGGCGCUGUCGUGGUGGGAGUGGAUCUACAACUGAACUAUCUCAAGCUCUGCCAAGCAGUGACGUACAUCCGCAACGGGGCAACAUUCCUAGCUACCAACACGGAUGCCACGUUUCCGAUCUUUGGCACCGUCUUCCCCGCCGCCGGCUCUGUUGCCGCCGCUGUCUCCCGCGCUUCUGAUACGCAGCCGCUGCUGAUGGGCAAGCCAGGGCCUCACAUGAUGGAUGCAAUCUUGACGCGCCAUGAAGACCUAGACAGGAGCCCCACCUGCGUGGUGGGCGAUGGGCUUGACACAGAUAUCAAGUUUGGUGUAGAGCAGAUGCUAGGCACACUGCUUGUUCUGACGGGUGUUUCGUCGCGCCAGGACAUGGAAUGUACCGACCCCAAAUAUGCACCAGAGGCAUUUGUGGAACAGCUUGCAGAUUUGGUUCUUUGAUCUCGCGAUGGG